AUGGCUUCAUCAAAUAAAUUUAUUAAACAUUUUCGAGAUUUACAAGCUGGUGAAAGUGAAAAAGCUGGUGCUGCAGAAACACUUGCUUAUUUAAAUGGUGAAUUAUCAUUUCAAGAAUAUGAAAAACGUGUACGUGAAGUAAAUACUGAUUAUUCAAAUGUAUCUGUUGGUAAAGUUCUCAAUACUCGUGAAGCUGAAAUUGUAGAUAUUGAUAAAUUAAUCGAUGAGUUAAGUGAUAUUGAUGAUUUAAGUUUAAGUGGUUUGAGUAGUAAUACAAGUGAUAAUUCGGAAGAUUCUCAACAUGAUAAUGAACCUCGAAAGAAAAAAAAGACUGAAAUUGAAUCGAAAUCGAAACGUCGUCAACGAAAAAAACAACAACAACAACAAGAUUCUGAUGAAGAUGAAGGUACGGAUGAUGAAAGUGAAGAAAAAUUUACUGAUCCAAAUGAAAUACGAAAUAAAAUGGUACAACAUCUUGAAGAAAUACAUUUAGCUAAUCAAAAAAGAAAAAGAAAACGAACUAAUAAAUCAAAACGUUCAACAACGAAAAAACGAUCUUUAUCAACGUCUGAAAAAGUACCAAAAAGCCGUUUAAAUCAAGAAUAUCAAGCAUUAAUGGGUGAAGCUAAUAUGGCUUAUGUUCAUGGAGAUAUUCCAAAAGCAUUGAGAAUAUGUCAAGAAGUUAUUACAAAUGUUCCAAAUGCAGGUGAACCUUAUAUAACACUUGCACGAAUUUAUGACGAUCAAAAUGAACAUGAUAAAGCAUUUGAAAUGAAUUUGGUUGCUGCUCAUUGUCAACGUUCGAAAGACUUAUGGAUACGUAUGCUUACAGAAUGUCAACAACGUAAAGCAGAUAAUCUAUUAACUGAUGAUUGGUAUCAAAAAGCUUUUGAGCUGAAAUUUUGCACUCAAUUAGGGGAUACAUAG